AUGUCAGGCAAGAUCACCGCCGUCACCGCUCGCUCCGUCUUCGACUCGCGCGGCAACCCUACCGUCGAAGUCGAUGUCACCACGCCCGGUGGCAAGUUUUCCGCCAUGGUCCCGUCGGGUGCCUCCACGGGCAUCUACGAAGCCCUCGAGCUCCGCGAUGGUGACAAGAGCGCCUACCUUGGUAAGGGUGUCGAUAAGGCCGUCGACAAUGUCAAAUCCAAGAUCGCCGCCGCCAUCAUCGGUAUGGACUCCGCCGAUCAGGGCGCCAUUGAUGCCAAAAUGAUCGAGCUCGACGGCACCGAGGGAGGCUUCAAGAAGAACUUGGGAGCCAAUGCUAUCCUCGGCGUGUCUAUGGCUGUCGCCAGGGCAGGCGCCAAUGCCAAAGCGGUUCCGCUGUACAAGCAUUUGAAUGACUUGGCUGGAAACCCCAAGAUGUUGCUGCCCGUGCCGAGUCUGAAUGUCAUUAAUGGUGGUACCCAUGCUGGAAAUAACUUGGCUAUGCAGGAGUUCAUGAUUCUGCCGGUUGGCGCUAGCAACUUCCGAGAAGCUAUGAAGAUGGGUGCCGAGACCUAUCAGUACUUGAAGAAGGUAAUUAAGAAGAAGUAUGGCCUUGAUGCCACCAGUGUGGGCGAUGAGGGUGGCUUCGCCCCCAAUAUCCAGGACAACACUGAGGGUCUGAAGCUUUUGGAAGAGGCCAUCGAAAUGGCUGGCUACACUGGCAAGAUCAAGGUUGGCAUGGAUGUUGCUGCCAGUGAGUUCUGGGUCGAGGCCAAGAAGAUGUACGAUCUCGACUUUAAGACUGAAAACAAUGACGGCUCUCAAUGUCUUAGCGGGGAGAAGCUCGGUGAGAUGUACAAGGAUUUCUGCAAGAACUUCCCCAUGAUUUCGAUUGAGGACCCCUUUGACCAGGAUGACUGGGAGUCUUACGCCAAGCUUACGGCAGCUGUCGGUGAAGGCGUCCAGAUCGUUGGCGAUGACCUCCUCGUCACCAACCCCAAUCGUAUUCAGACUGGUAUCGAUAAGAAGGCGUGCAAUGCGCUUUUACUGAAGGUUAACCAGAUUGGGUCAAUCACGGAAGCCAUUCAAGCAUGCAAGAUGUCGCGUGACGCUGGGUGGGGGGUUAUGGUUUCGCAUCGCUCAGGAGAAACUGAGGACAACUUCAUUGCCGAUCUUUGCGUCGGUCUCGGAACUGCGCAGAUCAAAACAGGCGCCCCGUGCCGUUCGGAGCGGCUGGCGAAGUACAACCAGCUCCUUCGUAUCGAGGAAGAGCUUGGUGACGCUGCUGUGUACGCUGGUGCCAAGUUCCGCACUCCUUGGGCAAUCUAAUAGAAAGUUGAGUAGCACUCGUAAAAACCAGAAAUAUCUCUAGCUUAACGAGAAGAAAUUUCUGACCCUUUUAACUGUCACA